AUGGCCUACUCCUCAUCUUCAAUGAGAAGGCCAUCUGGCAAAUCUUCGAGAGUGCCAAGCUAUAGCGAGUACGAACAAAGUAUAACUGCUCCACCACUUGGCAGCUCCUGUUGUUCAAGCCUUCAAAAAGAAGAAAGUCGCACAGAUACCAAAGCCAUGGCCCCUUACGACUAUGCUGGUGAAGAAUUCCUUUCAAUCCACCUUCCCAUCUAUGAAUUUGACCGAAUAAUGUUGGCGGUCAAGCUUGUUGUUGCUUUUGUGGGAUGGCUGGUGGUAAUUCCCAUUAUGCUAGCGACAUCGCCAGCAUCAUCCGCUGCUGAAGGCAAGAAGAAAGAGAAGUGCAGCAGCAGUACUUCAAACACUACAGUCAGUCAAAAGAAAAAUGGAACCACAACGAGAACGAAAACCAUCAAAAUUGUGGAAACAACAAAAAAGAAGAGCAAGACAGAACCAAAUGGCAAAUCGAAAAAGACAAGCAUAGCACCAGAACACUCAUCCAAGAAAGCAAACAAAGAAGAAUCAGAGGAACCAAUAGUCAAAGAAGUCAGUGAAAUGGCCAAUAUGCUUUGCAUCCUUGGAUUCAUGGUUACUUUCUUGUACAUGAUUAUCGUGGCCUCUCCUGAUAAUCGGUAUACCACAAGAGGCGUGUUUGAGGCUCCUCUGUUCACCAGAGAGGAAUGCGAUUUUUUGGUAGACAUGGCAGAAACAGUCGCCCAACGCAAUUACGAGGCUGCUUCGGAGGCACGAGAUAAUACCACUAUCAAGGAUCGAGAUUUGAUGAUGACGGAACCCGCUGGCUGGCAAAAGAAGCGUCAUAAACUCUAUUCCACUACCGACCUGAAUGUCAUUACCGACCCCUUUUCCAAAACAGAUCGUCAAUGGAUCAAGGAGAAAUUAAAUGCCCGGCUCGCACCCACCAUUGAACGAUUGUAUGGAGUGCCACAAGGAUCCAUUCGGGCCAAUGAUAUCUUUGUCAUUCGAUAUGAUGGGGAUCGACAAGCUUCCUUGAAGCCGCAUACGGACGAUGGAGAUGUUACCUUUAGUGCUCUGUUGAGUGAUGGCUUCACCGGAGGGGGUACCAAUUACUAUGAUCGGCGCAAUCAAUAUUAUCACACGGGCAACACACGGUACCAACCACAACCUGACGAAGUCUUUGCUCAUGUGUUGCCCCAAAUUGGUCAAAUGACACUCUUUCGUAGUCCCAUAUUGCACGAGGGUGUCCAAGUGAAAAAGGGACGCCGGUAUUUAUUGAUCGGCUUUUUGAGUGUAGACAAUGUGGAUCCAUGGAGUGAGGAUAACGAGUCCACUGGAUUGUCAUGGUUUGCCUCAUGGUUUUCACUCAAUUGGGCAUCGGUUCGAUUCAAGACGGGGUAUUCGUCAGCAGUCUAUACCAACUCCAAACUUAAGGCAAACCAAGAUGAUUGGAUGGCUGUUGAGGAAGAAAGAGAUUGGAUGAGUGAAUCCACUUAUAUUCGUGGAUUGUUCAUUCAAUUCCACAGUCAUUUGACAAUGUUGGCAGAUUUGUUGAGCACGCACUUUUUUCAACAGAUCGUUGCAGCAAAUCAAACCAAACCUUACUUGGAAAAUAUGGAUCAAGCUUAUGCACGUCGUAGACCAAACAAAUUGCCGUCGUGGUUCAGUGGACAGCAAAUUGAAUUGAGCAUUGAUGGAUCCUUUCAUUCGGAAUGGUCGACGCGAACAAGGAACAGUGAAAAGUUUGAUCGAGAAGAAAUUUAG